AUGGGAAGGGAUGACCUCUACAUCACAGUUCCGAGCUUCUUCAGGUGCCCGAUCUCCCUAGACGUGAUGAAGUCGCCUGUGAGCCUCUGCACCGGCGUCACCUACGAUCGUUCCAGCAUCCAGCGGUGGCUAGAUAGCGGCAAGAACACGUGUCCGGCGACGAUGCAGGUCCUCCAAACCAGAGACUUGGUCCCCAACCACACUCUCCAGCGCCUCAUCCAGCUCUGGUCCGAUUCCGUCAAGGCCCGUCCUUCUCCGAUUACUCCCAGCCAAGCUCGAGAACUCGUCGCCCAACUCCGGCAAAGUGGUGAUUACUCCCAACCCAUUUCAAAGCUCGUCUCAUUUGCCAGAGGGUCCGAUCAAAACCGCAGAUUCCUAGCCGCAAUCGACGGCUUUGUCCCUUUACUCGUCGAUAUUUUAGGUAACAGCAGUAACAUGAUAGCAAAUGCUGAAGAAAUGCUGAUUAUUCUGCAAUUAGUUUUGCAUGAUUACAAAGACAGAGCUUGUAUAACAAAAUCGAUCAUGGGAAAGAAAAACUGCUUUGCCACUUCGAUGAUCUUUGUGUUGAAAAACGGAAGCCUAGCUUCGAGAAUUGCGACCGCUAGAUUAAUGGAACUCGUGGCGAGCGAUGCCGAGUCGAAGCUGUUCUUCGCGGAGUACAACGACGUGCUACCUGAAUUGUUCAGAUUGCUUAGAUCGGAGUCGGAUGGGGAUGCGAUCAGGGCCGCUUUGUCGACCUUGAUAUGCGUAUCAAUGACGAAGAAAAUCAGAGUGAGAAUGAUCCAGUUGGGAGCGGUGAAAGUCCUCGGCAAACUGCUGUCAAAUGCGAACAUGAGCGUUGCGGUGAACGAAAGACUUCUGGAGCUUCUUGAAAUGUUUUGUUCCUGCAAGGAAGGGCGGGCAGAGAUGUGUAAGGACGAGAGCUGUAUUCCGGCGGUGGUGAAGAAGACGUUGAAGGUGUCGACGGCGGCGACGGAGCACGCGGUGACGAUACUGUGGAGCCUCUGCUACCUGCUGCGGGACGAGGCGGCGCAGGCGGCGGUGGGGAGGGGCAAUGGGGUGACGAAAAUUCUGCUGCUGAUGCAGAGCAACUGUUCGCCUGCGGUGAAGCAAAUGGCUGGCGAUUUGCUCAAGGUGUUCAGGGUGAAUUCGAAAUCACGUCUUCCGAGCUACGACACUAACACCACCCAUAUCAUGCCUUUUUGA